CCGAGAUCGCUGCAAAGCGGAAAGCAAGAGGAGAGCUGGCAAAGCAGACACAUUUUAACAUCACAUUAUCUUACAAAAAAUGGGCGUGGACGUAGAAACGAUUUCUCCCGGCGAUGAGGUCACCUUCCCAAAGCCUGGACAGACUGUGAAGGUCCACUACACAGGUACAUUGAAAGAUGGAGGCAAGAAAUUUGAUUCUUCCAGAGACAGGGGGAAGCCUUUUGAAUUUAAAAUCGGAAAAGGAGAAGUUAUAAAAGGCUGGGAUGUAGGUGUUGCCAAGAUGAGUGUUGGUGAGAGGGCCCGACUCACAUGCUCACCAGACUUUGCGUAUGGCAAAUCAGGCCACCCUGGUGUUAUCCCCCCGAAUGCCACCUUGGUGUUUGAUGUGGAACUACUGUCGCUGUCGUAAAGUGUCCAGCCUCUCUCAUCUACCUUCAUAUAUACUAUGUAGUGUCCUCCAGGAGUUAGAGUUGAGAAUAACCACUGCCGAUGUCAGCCAGCCUGCAAGAGGAACAUUCUCCAGAGUGCCAGAGAUCUGACAACAGUUUUUACUCAUCCAAAACAUUUUUUCUCUGACGCGUAAUCUUACCUAAAUAUUCUGUAAUGUUUCAUGCUUUGGCCGGAUGACUACAGCAAUUCCAAUGUGUAAUAUUAAACUUUCAUAACACAAUUUACUUUUUCUUUUUGACCUCAUUCACGUCAUGCAAUUACAUUUUUUUUUGUACUUCUAGUUAAUGUUGUAUGAUUAUUCCUCGGUUUUCAUGAAAUUUGCUGAAGCUUAGGGAGGCAUGCAUGGCCGACAAGAUGGCAUGAUUGAUAACUGUCAGUAUGUAAGUUAGAGAGGAGUGAGCAUUUUAAAUUCAAUUGGUGAUUCGGUACUUAAUUUAAAGAAAGUAUUACUUAGCAGGAGAAGAAUCAGAACUGUAACGGAAAAGUCCUUGUACCUGACAGGUGGACACAUCCAGCCUUUGUAGAAAUAAAGCUCUCCCUUCUAACAUUG